UCCACGGAUCGUUAUCGGGUUCACUUGACAUCAAAAUGGCUGUUCCAUCGACUUACGAUGAAGUCAGGCUGCAUCUGCAACAGGUGCAAAGCGAUCCCUCCACCCGUUUGGACCUGACCAUCCUAGACAAACUGAAGCUGGAGCUUACCGCAAACACCGAUCGCAGAGUCCCCGCCACCCUCUUGAUUCAGAUCUCGCAGCUUCUCCCUAUCCUGCAGGAGGACCCAACCCCUAUCACCACACUUGCUAUCAAGGCUACUACAUACCUUAGCUUCGCCGAUCUUCGCUCCGUUGACCCUGCGAUCGAUUUUAUUGCCGGCUUCAAAGCGCCGUCGGAGCCUGUCAACUUGUUGGCUCUGUCGUUGCUGGGCAAAGCAGGACAGGCUUCUAGUGAUGCCGCCAUUGUUGCGGGCGAUCCCGAACUCGUUUCAUCCUUGGUGGAGCUGUGGCUGUCAACCUCUUCCACGGCGGUAGCCCAGGCGGCCUUUGACAUACUCUGGGCGCUUUUGGAGAUCGACUUAGCCAGCCCGCUCGAGAAUGGCGGGCACGAGAACGAUGAGGCUACUGGUGGGCAGGGGCUUGUCUGGAGGCGAGUCUUCACGGAUAAGGAUGUCUACGGGCUUUUGUUUUCUCUAUGCAGUCUCACCGACGAUGGACCGGGAACUCUUUCAAAACGCGACAAGACCGUGGCACAGGGAAGGCUGAUGGGGCUGCUUGUAAAAGCGGGUCGGCUGCGCUGGGAUAUGAUCUCGAGUCCACAAGUGCCAGAGGUCGAGAGGAAAUACCAGAGCAACAGUCUUCUCCAGUUCACCGCUUGCCAUAUGGUCGACAAGAGUGAUGUGCUUAUGCAUAUGACCCUUGUUAACUUUUUCCAUGAUCUUCUGGAAAUCGACGCUCCUGGCCUUCUUGCACGGACCAUUGUGCAGUCAGCAUCCACUUUCUCCUCCCCUGCUCUGGAUUUCCUUAUCUCGCAAAACAUACACAGCAGACUACUCGAGUACUACUUGGACGAAUCAAAGCUGGACCCAGUGGACCUGGCUUACUUGUGCGGGCCUAUCAUGACCUACGUUGCGCAGUAUGCUGAGCUGUACCCCAACCAUUUCCUGCAAAACCCGCGGUAUCUGCUGGACCGGAUACUGUCUCGCAUCGCUGCUUCAGUGGCGAUCUCAUCUUCUCAGUGGGCGCACGGGCCGAUCCCAAGCGGGCAGUUGAACGUCCUCUCCUGUCUGCCCCGGGUAUUGCUCGUGGAAGCCAGCAAACAGGGGUUGAAUCCUGUUCUGGCUGUGCCCACCAGCCCUCCAAACAAAGAGGCCCUCGACGUGCUGUCCAAGAUUCUCCAUGGUCCAGUAAAACAAGGUCUGGGGGAUUCAAUGGAGCUCAAUGCUGCAGGGCAGAUGCCGACCGACUGGCACAAGGAGGCAGCGGCUGCGCGGGCUCUGUACUUUAUGUAUACCAAUCACCACGCUAACUUCUGGACGGAUGUUGUUGCCACGGCUGAUUUGCUCGCUAUGAAGGAUGUCUCUUUGGCGUCAAUUUCGCUUAUGAAAACCCUGAUUACCGCUAAUUGGCAGAUACUGACGGGCGAAGUCACCUCGUCUGUGCCUGGCACAUCAAGAUACCAGCUCCCCACUGAACAAGAUUUGGAGAGUCUGUCUCCGGCUACACAGGGAGUUCUCCCAUCGUCCGGUGCUUGGGCAGCCCUGACCCCGCCCGCAUUGACCAUACUCUUGCCGUAUCUGUUCAAGCCCCCUCGCUCGUACGCCGAGUUUGUUGGCGGCGGUGCUGGCGACUCCCAGAACGCAGUCUGGAAAGUGGCCACGGCGAAGCACGAGGUCUUGGUGGCGCUGUAUGACUGCCUCAAGGAGAGCGGUGGACAAAUGGAUGGGUUCGAGGAUAUCAUGCGUACGCUGCGGCAACGCGUGAAUGAGGGGCCAUGCGGACCUGUAUCUCAGACUGCAAACCAGGUUGCAACUGUCGGCCUGUGACGUACUGUGAACUACAGUGGGACGAGUUACGAUUAGCGUUAGAUACCUUUGAUACUUUCUACCAUCUACACCGCUCAAGCAUAGCAC